AUGCUUGGUACACAAGGACUCCCAGCAUUACAUAAAAUAAUUAAUUUUCAGCGCGAGUGCAUCUCUAUCCACGUUGGACAAGCAGGCGUGCAGAUUGGAAAUGCCUGCUGGAAGUUGUAUUGCCUUGAGCAUGGAAUUCAGCCUGAUGGUCAGAUGCCUAGUGACAAGAACAUUGGCGGUGCGGAUGAUUCCUUCAAAACCUUCUUUAGCGAGACUGGUGCAGGCAAACAAGUCCCAAGAGCUGUGUUUGUGGACUUAGAGCCACCUGUUGUUGAUGAGGUCAGGACUGGUUUAUACAGACAGCUAUUCAACCCAGAACAACUCAGCACUGGCAAGGAAGUUGCAGCCAACAACUAUGCUAGAGGUCACUGUACCACUGGAAAGGAAAUAGUUGACCUUUUGCUGGAUCGCAUCAGGAAAUUAGUAAAAUUGUGUUUUUGA